AUGAGCUAUCCAAAAGAUUCAACCAAAUAUCCGGACGCACUGUGUAUGACAACAUACUUAGAUGGAGAAAAUGAUGGAAAUAUCUUACAUUCUGUUAUAUCACCUUCAGGAAAGGAGAUUAACAUUGGCAAUGACGUUGACAUUGCUAUGAAACUAGCAAUGGAGUCAGAUAGUACUGAGCUCGAUUCCACAGCUAAUAGAAGGAUACGUUUGAAAGCAGAUUUAUUCAUCCUUCCUCUUGUUUGUAUGAUAUACGCAGUGCAAAUGAUGGACAAGAUUACUAAUGGUUCCGCUGUGGUAAUGGGUCUUGAGGAAGAUUUGAAAAUGAAAGGUGAUAUGUACUCAUGGACAGGUUCUGGAUUUUACCUUGGUUACCUUUUUUUCGAAUUUCCAGCCUCUUAUAUUGUUCAGAGAUACUCUCUUUCAAAAUGUGGUGCAAUUUUUAUAUUCCUAUGGGGAACGGUUCUAUGUCUCUGUUCAACGCCAAAUUAUGCUGGCUUCCAAUUCUUAAGAGUUGUUCUAGGGAUGCUUGAGUCAGCUAUUACUCCCAUAUUCGUGAUAAUUACUUCUCAAUGGUACAAGAAAGAAGAACAAUAUAUACGCUCAGCUAUUUGGUUCUCGUCGUGCGGUAUCGGAGUUACCUUAGGUAGUUCGAUCGCACUUGGCUGCUUUAUACAUCAAGGCUCUUUUUCAAUUGCAGGCUGGAAAGUACUAUUCAUAAUAACUGGCUUGUUAACCGUGGUACUUGCUGUAUUCUUCUACUUUUGGAUUCCGGAUUCGCCUGCAACUGCUUGGUUUCUAAAUCCAGAAGAAAGAAUUCAAGCUGCACAGCGGAUUAAAUCUAAUCAACAAGGAUUUGGCAAUAAGCACUUCAAGUGGUCCCAGUUCAAAGAAGCAUGGACUGACUAUAGGACCUACAUCUAUUUUUUCUUUGGUGUCGCCAUAUGUGUUCCUAACGGUGGACUUACAACAUUCGGAAAUAUCGUCCUAGUUUCCAUACUUGGCUAUGGUGUCGAAGAUUCAUUACGAUUUUCGAUAUAUCAGGGGUUAAUUGAAUUUUUUGGGUGCUUGAUAAUUGUCUCGACAGUUCGCUACAUUAAACAUAGAAUGGUAAUAUGUAUUUUUGGUUGCAGUUUGAAUUUGGCACUUUCAUGCAUGUUGGCGUUUUCUACCAACCCUCACGUAAGGCUUGGAGGAUUCAUGUGUUUAGGAAUGUCAGUCAUCGGUAUCUUCACUAUGCUCUCUUGUUUCUCUUCGAACGUGGCAGGGCAUACGAAAAAGAUAACUGUGAAUGCAGCUUUCUUGGUAGCAUACGGCGCUGGGAAUAUCAUUGGGCCACAAACAUUCAUUUCUAAUCAAGCUCCCCAGUACGUUGGAGGACAAAUUGGAAUGGUAGUUGGUUAUUCAGUUAGUCUUGUGCUCGCCAUUACACUUUAUGCAUCAUACUACUAUGAUAAUAAAAGAAGAGAUAAAUUAGUAGCGGAGGGUAAAAUAGAAGCGGUUAAAAAUAAGAGUAACAUAGCUUUUGCUGACUUAACAGACAAGGAAAACCCCUAUUUUAGGUAUUCCCUUUGA